CCUGGUCCCGCCCCUGGCCCCGCCGGACGUCGGCGUCCCCGAGGCGCCGCGGAUUCGCACCAAGGCGGAGAUGAAGAUGCUGGGCGACGCCGCGGCUGAGGCCGUGCGGUCCUGGCUCGCCACCUCCCACCCCGAGGUCCCCGCCGACGCGAGUGAGCACCCCUGCGAAGCUUCCACCUCCGGCCUGAGCGCCCCGACCCUCUACGACGAGCACCUCCUGGACUCCGCCGAGGUGACGGCCCGCGCGCCCCUCGACGCAGCCCUGCCCACCCUGACGCCCACCUUGGGGCCCGCCCCCGCCGCCCCCGGCGCGCGGUACUCGGUGCUGAGGAGCCCCGGCCAGGACUCGGGCCUCGAGGGAAUGCCCCGUCUGGAGGCCAUGGAGCCCGCCGCCCCCGUGCCCGCCCCCGCCCCCGCCCCCACCUCCAUUCCCGUCUCGGCCCCCGCCGCCGUCCUCGCCCCCGCCGAAGGGUCACUUGCCCCCGUCCCCGUCGAACCCGCAGCCCCGGAAGCAUUGCUCUCGACGCCAACGUCCUCCGUCACGGUCAAGGCCGCUCUGACCCAGGCCGCUGUGGCACCGGGCACACCCGAGAAUUUGAAAGAAGAGGGUGACGAUAGCCAAAGUGCAUGGGCCCAAUCCUGCCUUGACUUUGAAUUAGAGCUUGGAGCUAGUGAAACCAAAAAGACUUCAAAGGGACGGUUUCAAAGCAAAACCCUCAAGGCUGACAUUUCUUGUGAUAAAACUCUAGAUUUAAAUGCUGUAGAAAAGUUGUCAGUUAGUCCUGACUCUUUAAAGAAUGUUUCAAGAGGCCAGAAGACUGUAGUGUCCAGAGCAGAUUCUUCCAAAAGUGGUGUGAGUGAAACCAGAACGUGCCCUAAGAGAAAACCAAGGCCCCUGGUCAUUUCUGACAGUGAAAGUUCGAAAUCAUCCAUUGAUAGUGAUGAUGAACCCCUAGCUAGAAACAAAGCCCGUCGUUCUGCUUCUAACCAAGACAAGGAUUGCCCUAAAAGUAUUGUUCAAACUCGGUCGACCAAAAGCAACAAAUCUACAUCGCCUGAAGUCAAACCCAAAAAGUCAGUCAAGAAGGAGGCAGAAGAAGCAAAGAACACUUGUAGUAAAAAGCUGUUCAGUACUGAAGCCGUCUUAAACAAGUCUCCCAGGAAAACCAGGAGCUCUUCAUCAAAAGAGAGCCCUCCAAUUAAAAGGCAGCAUCUGGAGUCUGGGUCAUCAGAUAAUGAGUCUGUCACUCAGUACCUUAGCAAAAGCCUAAUUCAAAAUACUCCCGUCGAGACUCGAAGAAUCAGACUGAGAACAAAGGUUGUUGAAGUUGAAAAGGCAUACUGUCUUCGACCCAAAGGUGAUGGGUCGGAUUUCCGACCCGGUUGGGAGGAGGAAGUAUUUCAGUACAAACGUUCUCUCCGAAUGCCCCACAUUUUAAUCAACAUGUCCAAGGGAAGUGCUGUUUCAGAGGCAGAAAACUCUAAGCCCUCAUCUAUUUGCUCAACGAGUGAAUCUGCCUUGGAAGGCUCUCCAAAGAAACAUUGCCGAAAGCUAGAAAGUGAAGCAGAAGCAUUAUCUAACUGCGUGGAUGUUGAGUCUGAAGAUGCUUCAUCUUCUGUUUCCCUCCCUUUUAUUAAUAGGAGAGGUAAGAAACACAGCAUUAUUGACCAGCUUGUUGAAAAGGUCUCUAAAGCCUCAGCAAACAAGAGUAUCGCUGGUAGUCAAAAGACCAGCCAAAAUUCAUCUGGAAAGUCAACAAAGUCCACAAGUGCUGUUGAUAGAUCUAAAUCCAAACAGGCAAAUUCUGAUAUCAAAGAGACAACGUCUCUAAAUGAAGAAGAAAAAGUUAAAACUAAUUCAUUAAGGAAAAAAGAUUCUAUUCGAGCAGUUUUUGGCACAGAGAAAACGCCACCCUCAAAGACUAAAUCUCAGGCCACAGAAGAAAAUAAGAAAAGUAAAUCUAAAUCAGUCACAACUAGGAGAAAAAUCGAAAGUGUACCAAUCAGGCAAAUGUCCUUACGAAAACGAAAUUUGGUCAUACCAAAGACAUCUGGAAGGAAAAGUUCGAGAACAGGUGAUAUUGAGGGGAUAGUCUUGCGGCCACGAAAUGCUCAGCAAGUAGCCACCUCUCGAACUGGGUUAAGAACUGCUGCCCUUGUCAGAAGAAGUAAAGUUGUUCUGAAUUUAAAGAAUAAGAAAAAUCAAAACAUUGAAAGAAGACAAUCUGGAGAUGGGACUGAUGAUGAUGUUGAUAAUGAUGAUAACGAUAAUGACAAAAGCAUUAUGAAUACAAUUGAGGCUGCCAGGAAGAGUUUACUAAAAGAUGAAACAUCUGAAACAACUGUUGUCAAAAAGCGUGUCAUAAGAAGGAAGUUUCGUUCAGGCUUUGACUACAUACGUAAAAGUAAAAAGAAAAAAGUAAAGAAAGAGGAUGUUAAAAAGGCACCAGUUGAAAAAGAAAAGGUUGCGCCAAUUGUUGAGAGGAUACCAUUGACUGAAGAGCAAAUUCAAGUUACUUUACGAAACUGGGUUAUUAAUCGAAGUCACGGGGACACUGUCUUACAUAGAGCUGCCCGUCUAGGAUAUGCGGAAGUUGCCCAAUAUGCUAUUGACAAAUUGAAAAUGUCUCCGUGUGUUGCUGACAAUGCUGGCUACACACCACUACAUGAGGCUGCAAGACGAGGCCAUGUGGACCUGUCCAAAAUUUUACUGGAACAUGGAGCAGAUGUUAGUUGCAGUGCUAUAGGUGGAAUUCGACCGUUACAUGAAGCUGCAGAGUCUAAUCAAGUGGAAAUGCUGCGCCUAUUACUUGAGUACGGAGCUGACCCAACUCUUGCCACCUAUGGUAAUGAUACACCACUUUCUAUCGUUGAGCCGGAUAGUGAAGCCUAUGAGCUCCUGACUCACCAUUUAGCAGAUGUCCAGGGCCUGAAUGCUCCUCCAUGGAAGUACCAUGGGCCUUCAAAAAUAUUUGAUUUGGUCACCUACAGAGGUGAUGUUGCUCUCCAGUCCCCUCCGUCCUUUGAGAGUGACGCCGAUAGUGAGAUCAAUGUGUUUUCCUCUGAAGUUAUACCACCUCCUCUCUAUACUUUCCACGGUGAACCAACUUCCCAAGUGUGGGUACUUGUAAAAGAUUUAAUGAAAGCGCUCAACAUCUCGACAGAGGAUGAACUCUUUUGCCGCUUGGCUGUGCAACCUGAAGAUGAACCUACCUCAUCCCAAAAUUUACCAAUCCGAACGAGAGAAGUUUCUAUCGAUGAUUUCCUUCAGAAAACAAAAGCAGUCACUUUUCCUGCACCAGAGAGCAACUUGCCUCUUUCAGGAUGUAUGACUCGCUUGGUAGAAUUUAGCAAUGAGGUGCGAGCUCUUCUAAAUGAAGAAGUAACUACAUUUCUUGGAUAAAGUGCCUUAACUAGUUUUAUGACUUCUAUUUCUUUUUUCCCCCUUUUUUUUUGUUAAGUUUUAAACAGAAAAAUUGAAAAAUCUGAAAGCAAAUUGUUAGUGUCAAUGUAGUAUAGGGGACUUUGUCAUGACUGAAGAUGUAAUAUGUCAUUUAAGACAUCUGAUGGUGCUUACAAACUGUGAAUGUGCUUGAUGGCCAAUUCAUUUAAAAUUAAGAAAUGGGCAGGAGUCACAUUAACUGUCAAAUAUUUUUUCCUACAAAUAUUACUUGUCUUUGUUUUCUUCCUCUUUGCCUUUAAAAGAAACAUUUAGCUUUGUUAACACAAAGACUUUGUUAAUAAUUUUGUUCUUGGUGAAUUUCACAAUCAAAGUUUGGGCAAGUAUUGGCAAUUGCCCAUACACACAAAAAUGUUGUAUAUUUACCUUAAUUUAAAUCUAGUCAACUUUCUGUAUGCCCCUCUAGAUGGAAACUGAGUCAAAGUUUCUUACAGACAACCUCUUAGUAAUAUCUGUCUGCUUGAUCCACUUCCUCUUCCAACUAUAUUUUGCCAUUAAGUAAACGGGUUUUCAAUCAGUUAUGUCCUGAUAGCAGUAUCAAAUACAUUAAUAUUUAAUUCAGUGAAGAUAUUCAAAUGCGUCCAGAAAUCGUAUCUUGGUGCAGUACAUCUAAGCAACCACCAUCACACUGGUUAACUUUUCUGGAUGUAACCCAUUUUUUGGGGUUGCAACUAUGGGGCCUUAUUGAUCUCUCUCUGCUUACAGUAUCACAGACUUGAAUGAAAAUACUGUCCUAUUUGUGGUGAAUAAAAUGCUAAGUUCUGCAAACAAACUGCAUUUAACAUCAUGCCAGUUUGAUCUUAGUCAGAUUGUUGUACUUAUGUUUCCAAUAGGUGUAAGACUUGUUAUUUUUGUGAUAUAUCAUAUGGUCAUAACAAAUGCAUUUUGUUUUCUCCUUUUUAGCUUGAUUGAUUAAGAUAUUAAUUACACUGCUAGUUUUUCAGUUAGAUUGUUUGUUAUUGUUUAUGUGUCUUUACAGUUCCUUCAGCAAGCUUUUAUCUCACUUCCGUUUUGAAGUACCUGUACUGAUCCCAUUCAAAUCUUAUUUGUCAAUGGGCUUUUUCUUAAGAUGAGUAGAGACCUUAUUUUGCAAUGACUUACAGAGAUAUUAAAAAGUAACUGUUAACUGUAUGACUAAGUUAAAGCUGUUGCGUGUAUUUUAUCAAAGCAUAGACUUUUCCUUUAUUUUUUAACAAAUCUAUACUACUAGUCGCCUGAAAUACCUGGAAAAAAUUAGUUCUGAUUGACAUAUUCAUUUGCAAUGUACAGGCUCUCUUUCUUACAAGUUUAUUUUUGUUCUUUGUGACUAUGUUUUCCGUUUCUCAUGUAUUUUGUUCUGUUUUUAUUUUUACAACAUUAUUGAUUUAUCAUGAUCUAUUUUAUUACUCAACCCAAUGCUUGAUAGUGUUUUCAGAUGCUCUCCUGAUCAUUCUGAAUUAAUAAUAGACUUGUAAAUAAAUACCUAGUGACGUUUUUUGUAUGACAAGUGUUUAUUUUCUUUCAAAUUUUGUAGCUAUGUUAUUGUAUACUGGCAUGAAAUGUGAUACUUCUUAAGCCUAAUGAAGAAAUAUUAUUUUGUGUUGUGCUCUCAGGGAUGAUGUUUUGUUGUCUUAUCUGUUUUAGUUAUUAUGAUUAAUAAAUGUUUUUAUUACAUUCAUAGCGA